AUGCUGGCUGCGGUUCGCACCAUUGCGCAAUCAUCAGGAAGCGGACAACACGAGGUGGCUCACAAGACUAUACAGACUGGGGAGCAAGAAGCUCCGGUCAAAGCUCUUUCUCUCGAAGAAGAGUCCCCGAACGCGACCCAGUCAGAGCGCAGGCAGAUUGCCGUUAUAGAUACUGUCGAAGCCGUCCAACAGGCCCAAGGAGAACAUGAACUCCCACACAGGAAGAGGAAGAGGCGGAAAUCUGCUUUGAGCUCUUCAGACGAACCGCUCCCUCUAGAUGCCUCGUCUCAGCUGGCGACUGCUGCAACUGCGAUGCCCACAUCUGCCUUUAUUCGACGGAGAAUGGCUACCUACCUCUCGCUCUCAAAGCCACGUCUCUCACUGCUCGUGGUCCUCACAACCACAAGUGCUUACAGUCUGUAUCCCAUACCGGACAUCUUAUCUUCCAUGGCAUCGCCUGCGACGUCGACCUUCUCGACCUCGACACUGACUUUGCUCUUCCUGACCUCCGGCACCUUUUUGUCAUCGGCGUGUGCGAACACUCUGAACAUGCUCUUCGAGCAACGUUAUGACGCAUUGAUGUCUCGGACGAGAAACAGACCUUUGGUACGACAAUUAAUCUCGCCGCGAGCCGCAGCAGUCUUUGCCCUCCUCUGCGGCGCUUCUGGACUGCUACUCCUGGGUCUCGGUACGAAUCCUACAGUCGCCAGUUUGAGCGCUCUCAACAUCUUUUUGUACGCCGGGGUAUACACUCCGAUGAAACGGAUAUCUGCGGCAAAUACCUGGAUUGGCGCCAUUGUUGGUGGCAUUCCUCCCUUGAUGGGUUGGUGCGCGGCAGCUGGUGAGGUAGCGACGUCGGAGCACCAUUCAUGGCAAGAUCUCCUGUUUUCCGAGGGCUCGCUCGGAGGCUGGGCCCUGGCUGCCCUAUUGUUCGCCUGGCAGUUUCCACAUUUCAUGUCUUUAUCACACACCAUCCGAGCCGACUAUCAGAAUGCUGGUCACCAAAUGCUGGCCUGGACCAAUCCUGCUCGAAAUGCUCGGGUGGCCCUUCGCUAUUCCAUUGCCAUGUUCCCAAUAUGUGGCGCCCUAUAUUGGGGAGGCUAUGUCGACUCGGGCUUUCUCCUCGUCAGCACAGCGUGCAAUGUGUGGAUGGCUCGAGAAGCAGUGCGCUUCUGGAAGCAGCAGGGCGCGGGGGGCAGUGCUCGAGGCCUAUUUUGGGCCAGCGUGUGGCAACUGCCACUUGUAUUAGUUGGAGCUCUGGUCUGUAAACGAGGCUUGUGGGACGGUUUCUUGGGCACAAACGAGUCAACCAGUAUCUACGGAGACCAGGAGCUCACGGCAGACGGUGGCUCUCUUGGAAUGGAGACCCCCAUAUCGCUGCAAAGGAAGCCGCCACCUGACAUCAACCUGGCUAUGAUCGGGUUCAAAAGGCCGACCUGA